AUGUUCAUUCUCUUCUGCCUCCCCUCUGCCUCCCCCCUGCUCCCUCAGCCCUCUACCCUCUGCCUCUCCCCCUGGCUCCCCCUCUACUCACCCCUCUUCUCUCUGCCUUCCCUCUGCUCCCCCCUGCCUCCCUUCUGCCUCCCCCUCUGCCUCCCCUCUGACACUCCUCUGCAUCCCCUCUACCUCCCCUCUGCUUCCCUCAUACCUCCCCUCUACCUCCCCAUCUGCCAUCCCCUCUGCCUCCCCCUCUACCUACCCCUCUGCCCCCUUAGCCCUCUCUUCUCUGCCUCCCCUCUACCUCCCCUCUGCCUCCCCAUCUGCCCCCUUAGCCCUCUCUUCUCUGCCUCCCCUCUAACUCCCCUCUGCCUCCCCUCUGCCUCCCCAUCUGCCCCCUUAGCCCUCUCCCCUCUGCCUCCCCUCUACCUCCCCUCUGCCCUUCCCUCUGCUCCCUCAGCCCUCUCCCCUCUGCCACCUCUCUGCCUCCCCUCUGCCUCCCCUCUGCUCCCCUCAGCCCUCUCCCCUCUCGCUUUAGCCUCGUCCCUGGCCCGGCCCACCCCGGGUCAUUUAUCAUGGGCCAGGAGGAGAGCCCCCCAGGCCUGCGGGCCCCUGUCAGCUCCUGCAAUCGGCUCUUUGUGGCUCCCAGCAAACAAGUGUUGGAUCAGCAAAAGUCUAUUAAAGCCUGGUGGGCCUUUCUCAGCCAAUUGGGCUCGGGUCACUGAGCUGCUCUCCUGCUACUCCGAGAGCUUUGUGUCGCCACCGCGAGCUGACACACAUCCCACCAAGAUUAAUGAUUUUUAG